UCACGUCUAUGUAGAUAUUUAUACUUUAUGGAUAUCCAGAAUAAUAUAUGUAAACAAGUGCAUCGAUGCGGCUGCACGUAUGAAUGAGAAAAAAUUAAUAAGGAAACACUUCUAAUUUCGACCAUCAAUUCUAUUUGCUGAAAAGAUGAAACAAUUAUCAGAAGAAAAAACAAAGCUUGUAUUUGAAAAGCUAACCAAAUACAUUGGGAAUAACGUGAAAAACUUGAUAGAUAGACCUGAUGGUAUAUAUUGCUUUCGAGAGAAGAAAGAUAGAGUAUAUUAUGUUUCAGAGAAGAUCUUAUCAUUAGCAAAUACUAUAGGAUCUGAACAUCUAUUAAGUUUAGGAACCUGUUUUGGCAAAUUCACAAAAUCUGGAAAGUUUAAACUUCAUAUUACUGCCUUACAUUAUUUAGCUCCUUAUGCCCAACACAAAAUUUGGCUGAAACAUUCAGCAGAGCAACAAUUCUUAUAUGGCCAUCAUAUCACAAAAUCAGGUCUUGCUCGUAUAACAGAAGGUACUUCUCAGUAUCAAGGUGUAGUUAUAUUUUCCAUUAAUGAUUUGCCAUUGGGAUUUGGUGUAGCUGCAAAAAGCACAGUUGAUUGCAAACAUGCAGAUCCUGUGGCAACAAUUUGCUUUCAUCAAGCAGAUAUCGGGGAGUAUAUUCGUUCUGAAGAUACAUUGCUCUGAUAAUUCAUUUUAACUUUAAAGUACACACAUAGCUCUACUCCUUUAAGUUCUCAAGAUUUCUGCCUGUUUUAAAAUUCAUUGGAGAAAAAACCAAUUUUGCCUGCAAUUUUUCAACGGACUAGUUUCUCAUUCUUUUCAUAUCACGACAAAAUAGUUUAACAAAUGAUAGCAACAAUCAUGCAACGAUUAUAACAAUGCUCAGAA